AUGCCUGCACGGAGCAAGUUUUCUCCAAUUCAUGUGAGCGGAUCUACAGAGUCCAUUGGUGCCGUGGACAUUCUCGCGCAGAUCAAGGCCGACUUCAAUGAGAGCAGAUCCAUUCUCUUCGAGAUUUCGCGAGCGCGGAGCUCUUUCUUUUCUACUCUCACCGGCAACCGCUCCAAGCUUGGCGACGGCGCGAAAGAGCUAGAGAAGACGCUUUCUGACGUGAUAACCAAGUUGAACGAUUUAGCUGCUAGGACGGAUAUUGGUCUGAACAGUUUGCCUAAUGCAAUCAUUUCAAUGCGGCAGAUUGAGAAGAAGCUUCGUGACAACAUUAUUGCUGAGUUAAAGGCUGGAAUGAUUAAUAAGAAACACAAAGUAGACUACGAGAAACUGUCAAAGCACGCGGCAGCUAUCUGCGCUGAAGCUAUAGAAAUUUACAAAAACGCUUGA